AUGCUAAACAUAAGCCUUUCACAACAAGAUUCUGAAAGUGAUUCGAGUUUAGACUGUUACACCAUUAACUGGGAAGGUUUAAAGGACUCCAGACAAGAGCUCACUGACUGUUUUAAUGUUUCAACCACUCAUUGGUACGGAGGUUAUGAAGAUACUUACCAAUACUGGCCAUUCGAGAAAAACGUUAUGCCAGCGUCACCUUUUGUCAGCAAUGACGCAUUCAAAGGCGGGAUAGGCAACGUUCUCGGGCGAUAUUUUAUUUCUGCAAAUGGCGUUGGAAUUUCCUUACACGAUGACAUACCAUUAUAUUUUAGUCUUAAUAACCCGAUAAAUGGAAGCAUGUGUUUCACUGCAAAAUAUGAGAGAUAUCCUUACUUUAAUCUCAACAAUAUGCUACCAAAACUGAGCUACAAACUCUGUCAUGCUGAAAAUGUUAGAGACAUUCACACCAAGAUGUCUGCGAUGCUGAUGAAAAUACCAAAUGGUAUUCCCAAUGAAAGUUUAUUUCGGUACCCAAUCUGGUCAACAUGGGCCCAGUAUCACUAUGAUAUUAACCAGUCCACCGUUGUUAAAUUCACCAACGAAAUUCUAGAUAAUGGUUUUAAUUGCUCUCAAAUUGAAAUAGACGAUGACUGGACGCCUCAUUAUGGCGAUAACUUCUUCGAUUCUAGAAAAUUCCCUAAUGCGACGGAUAUGAUAGCAAUUAUAAAGAGAAAUGGCUGUGCGGUUACAGCAUGGGUCCAUCCCUUCUUUAAUACAGAUGGAUCUUAUUUCAAGGAAGCAAUGGACAAAAAAUAUCUUCUGCGACGACUUGGAUCAGACUUUCCUGCGUUAUCUUCAUGGUGGGAUGGAAAUAUGACAGGUGUUUUAGACGUUUCUAACGCGAACGCUACAGACUGGUAUCUGGGGAAAUUGCAUGACCUUCAAACAGAAACCGGUUUAGAUUCUUUUAAGUUCGAUGCUGGUGAACAAACAUGGCUACCUAAAAUAUACAGUGGAUCAAAUCUACCCGAAAACCCUAACUGCAACUACCCGCAAAAGUACGUUCAAAUGGCAUUUAGAGCAGACCCUUCUAGGCGUCAGGAAGUGAGAAGCGCAUACGGAACUCAAGAAUUUCCUAUCUUUGUACGUCAAAUAGAUAAAAUAUCGGCAUGGGGACACAACAAUGCCCUGUCCACUAUUAUUCCUAGCGUUUUUACACUCGGAAUACUCGGUUACCCGUUCAUUCUCCCUGACAUGAUUGGUGGCAAUGCUUAUGAGGGAAGGUUUCCAGACCCGGAGUUGUUUGUACGUUGGCUUCAGUUGAAUACAUUCCUUCCAAGUAUGCAAUUUUCGAUAGUUCCAUGGGAUGAAAGAUUCAACAAUUCUGACAUAGAUGUAUUAACAAUUUCUAAAAAAUUUGCAAACCUGCAUGCAAAUAUUUCCGAUGUUUUAAUCAAAUAUGCUAAUAUGUCCGCAAGCACUGGACAGCCGAUAAUAAGACCACUGUGGUGGAUUGACCCUUACGACGAGAUAGCUUUGACAUGCGAGGAUGAGUUUUUGGUAGGAGAUGAAUACCUGGUUGCACCUAUAAUAACAAAAGAUGCAAGAUCACGAGACAUUUACUUACCCUCUGGGUUAUGGAUUGAUAUGUUGAAAGCAAACGAAACCAGUGGCCGUAAAGGUCCGGUAUGGAUUUAUAAUUAUACUGUUGAAAUAGAUGAGCUUGCUUAUUUUAAAAAAAACAACAGCUUUAAAUAUGUUUCAGAAAACUAA